CACUCAGUAGAUUCCCUCUGUAACUGCAUCUUUAGCCUCUUCUUCAUCGCCGUCUUUUCUUUCCUCUUCUUCUUCUUUCUUCUUUUCUCUUCUUUUCUCUCUCUUUCUCUCACUUCACCAUCAUUAUCAUCCUCAUUUCAUUCUGAAUGAUUCUGUCAUGCAAGUUAUCAUAUAAUUAUUAUUACUACAACUACAACUAAGUGUCUCUCUCUUUCAGUGUUGGUUAAAAGAAGGCAAAAAAAGAGUUCAAAGAAGAUACAAAACCAGGAUUUUUUUUCUACUUUUUUCCUUUUUCUCUCUUCCUUUAGUUUUUUGUUGUUGUUGUUGAUUAGUUCUGUCAAUAUCAUCAUCAUCAUUGUAUAAUUAAUACCAUUCAUCGGCCGAUUCAUCAGCAAAGUCAACAAAAGUAAUCAUCUCAAUUGAAUGCGAAAAGUUUAACCAGAAAAAAUUCAUCCAUUAUUUUGUGAUCAAAUUUGUAUCUUCCAAGUGAAGUUCAAGUGAAAGUUUUUUUGCUUUUAUCGCUUUUUUGCUUAUCUUUUUUGUCAGCUUGAAAAAUUUAAGAAAAAAAUAUUUAUCCAAAUUUUUCAAGAAAAUUAUUCAAUUUCCAACCUCAACUGGGAUAAUACAACACCAACAGCAAUAACACAAGCAAACACACACACGUAAUCAUCAAUCAAAUUCAAGCCAAAUUAAGGAGUUUAUUAUUAUUCUAUUAUCUUUUUAUUAUUAAUCAUGGAAACUGAAACCAAAAUGGAAACUGAAUCUACCAAAAUGGACUCAGAAACUAAAAUGUUCAUCGGAGGCCUUAGUUGGCAAACUGCUCCAGAAAGUCUUAAAGAGUAUUUUAGCAAAUUUGGAAACAUAACUGAAGUUAUGGUGAUGAAAGAUCCAACAACUAGAAGAUCAAGAGGGUUCGGGUUUGUAACAUUUGCUGAUUCUUCGGCUGUUGAUAAAGUUUUAACGAAUGGACCUCACGAGUUGGACGGUAAAAAGAUCGACCCUAAAAUAGCGUUUCCCAAAAGAGCGCAUCCCAAAAUGGUGACAAGGACGAAGAAGAUUUUUGUCGGUGGCCUUUCAGCACCUACGACACUCGAAGAUGUUAAAAAUUAUUUUCUUCAAUUUGGUAGGAUUGAGGAUGCAAUGUUAAUGUUUGACAAACAAACGAAUCGACAUCGAGGAUUUGGUUUUGUAACAUUCGAAAGUGAAGAUGUAGUUGAUAAAGUUUGUGAAAUUCACUUCCAUGAAAUUAAUGAUAAAAUGGUUGAAUGUAAAAAAGCUCAACCCAAAGAAGUAAUGAUGCCUAAUAGCGUAGCUCGAGGCCGAGGAGCAGGAAGAGGUGCCUAUGAUUUAGUAUGGCCCUUGGGUCCUAUCACUGAUGAUUCACUCAAGUCACUAUCUUCUUCCACAUCAGUUCCCUUAUUUCCAGGAUUCCCUGGAGCCUAUGCUGGUUACACAGGGCGUGGUGGUUAUCCAGGUUACCCUGGCUUUGGUUAUCCUUUUGCAGGUAUGACUCUCAAUCAAUUACAAGGAAUCUGCAUACCUCUGGACCAUAUCAACAAUGUGCAUGCUGCCGCUGCCGCACUUCAACAGUUAUGAUACGAAGAGGCAAACGUGAUUGGGCAAAGGAAAACGCCGAUUGGGUUGCACUGGUUGCGCCGAGAGGAUUGUUGGGUCAACCCGACAAAACACCAAACAUAAUUAUUAUUAAACACCAUAAUUGACAUUAAUUAUUAACCAAAUUGUGGGUUAACCAAAUCAUAUCAAACAGAUGAUUUGGAUCGUCUUUCUUCAAUGAAAAUAUGCAAAAAAGCAAUAUUGAUCUUUCAUUUCAUCUUUCAUUCUUAACUCAUUUCUUCUGCUUUCUUCUUCACUAUUUCAUUUUCAAAGUACAAUAAACAAUUUAUUUCCCUCCAUCAACUUCACCAGGAUCAUCAUCAUGAUCAUCUGAAUUUCAUUCAUCUUUUUUUCUUCUCUUCUCUUCUUCUUUUUUCUUCACCUCAAUUAUCAUUUUAAUUUUACCAUGUUUCUCUUACCUAUCGUGAUAAAUGUAUUAUCAUUUACCUUACCAAACACACACACACACACAAGACACAAAAGCAAACCAUAAUCAAUGUUAUACACUGAACAGUGAUAUGAUUCAGUUGGAAAAGCAAAUUCAUCUAAUGAUAACUUACAGUAAAAUAAUAAUAAUGACAAUAAUAAUCCAAUAAAGAUAACAGUAUUAAAAGCUCAUACAA